CAGAAUAAAACCAGCCUUACUCACAUUUUCACCCCAUUUGCUUCAUCUUCACACCUCAACUUCUACAAAAGCCUCAAUAAUGAAGUCUCAAGUCACACUGCUGCUCAUCUGCAUGCUUUUCUCCAAAGCACUGUCACUGACUUGUCAUCAGUGUGUGCCAUCAGCAUCUGGAAAAUGCACCGAGGAACAGACAACCUGCUCUGAUCAGUGUCUCACUUCAACCACUGCUGUUUACCUUAGUGGUACAAAGCUUACAGAUGUAAAUGUUAAGACUUGUGGAGUGCCAGAAUUGUGUGCAAAUGGGAGCAUAAACAUGGGAGCAGUAAAAGUGACCAGCAAUACCAAAUGCUGUAGCACUAAUCUCUGCAACAGUGAAACACUACCAGCUCUUCCAAAGCAGGCUCCCAAUGGGAGAAUGUGUUACACUUGUGAUGCAACUAAUUGUUCUGGAACAGUGAACUGUGAAGGAGAUGAAGAUCGCUGUCUCAGUGCAUCAGUUCAACAAGGUAGCGAUACCCUAUCUAUGAAAGGAUGUGUGUCCAAGAGCUUCUGUGUUGGAAUUGAAUCUACAAGCAUUCCAGGAAUUGGCAUAUCACGUGUAAAGUGUUGUGAGGGAAAUCUUUGUAACAGUGCUAAGAGCGUCACACUGAGUUUUCUCCUCAUGAUCGUCCCUCUGCUCUCCUCCAUCCUCUUCUACUGAACUCAGAGCUGAUGUAGUUCUUUUAAAACUUUAUGAACAUGAAAUGCAAAUGCAUUUGUGAAAACUAGAAAUAGAAGUAGAAAUAUAUAAGUUUAUUUUUGGUUGUUAAGAUUUGUUUUGGUUUCUCUUAGCACAGAGUUAUAAAAUACACUUUUGUUUGAAAAUCAAUUGUGAAAUUAACAAAAAAAAGACAUUAAGCUUUAAGCAGCAAAACCCAUAUAAAUUGAAUGAGAAUUGAAUGAAAUAUUUCUAACUCAGGUCUCUAUUUUUUAUUUUUAUUUUUUGUCAAAACAUCAAACUGCCAAACAAAUGCUUUCAUUUUUAUUAUUUGUAUCUAUGGCUAUUGCUGAAUGUUUUUUUUUUGUGAAAUAACCAAAUGGCCUCCUGUAUGUUCAUUAAAUGUGUGGAAUAAAGGAAUAUAAAGCCUUGUGUGU